AUGGUGCUGAUGCUGAAGCGUACCAUCACAUCGAAGAAAAGAGGUCGGUCCGUAAGAUCGACUGGAGGCUGCUGCCCAUGUUUGGCGCUUUAUACUCCAUUUCCCUCUACCAACAUUGCCAAUGCGCGAGGCGCAGGCAUGGGCGCCGACCUCGCCCUCCAUGUCGGAGACAGAUACACCAUCGCUCUCGUCAAAUUAUCCCCGACGUACUUCCCCUUCGAACUGCCAUCUAGUAUUGUCCUCCGCAAAGUCGGAAGCGCGAAUUGGCUCGCCUUCAUUGCCCUGUCAUAG